AUGAGCAUCACGCGCGACCACCGCGCUUGUUCACGCACGGAUUCUACCCGGAGAUACACGUCUACGACCGAUGAGCCUCACCUCAUCUUCUCACUGUCGUCAAAGGUCGCUCCCGACUGGAUCAGUGCCCUCACGAUCCUGCACCCGCUGCGCAGGCAGGAUGACGUUGUGGUAGCCUUAUCUAAUUCUGGAACAGCGAAAGUUUGGACACUUACUGGUCAAGAAAGUAAGUCGUCGGAUCCCAUGUAUGAAGACGAAUCAAAACAGAUCCGAUGCUUGAAUGCCGUCUCGCUAGUCUGUUGCCAGUACAAUCAACGAACAGCAUUAGUCGUCUGUUCCAAGUACUUUCAGGUGUACGAUGCAGGUGACUUCUCGCUGCUCAGCGCGAUGGGUUGCCCCGUCAACGAACGCUGGGCCGGCGGUGAGUUUCUCGCUACGGACCGGAUCAUCGUCUGGACGACGGAGGGCAAAGGUUACCUCUUCAAGCUGGCGUCAAACUGCGUUGCCGACCACAAGGACUUCCGAUCGCGCGUCGGCCAUCUUGCUGAGACCGACCAGCUGCCGAUGCUGUACUGCGUUGCGGAGCCGGCAGACGAGAGGGUGAACUGGCCUCCCUUCCGCGUGCUGCUCGGCCACACGGGCAAGGUGACGUGCCUGCUGCACCCGCAUCAGGAGAACGCGCGCUACGAGAUGCACCAGCUAGUGAGCGGCGGCGUCGACUUCUCCGUCUGCCUGUGGGACAUGUACUCCGGCACGCUGCUGCACCGCUUCUGCAUACACGGCGGCGAGGUGACGCAGCUGAUGGCGACGCCAUCCAACUGCUCGUUAAAUAUACAGCUUGAAAUGCAGCUUGAAAUGCAGCUUGAAGGCAUUGAAGGCAGCUUGAAGGCAUACAGCUUGAAAUGUCACCUUGACCGGGUCGUGCAUGGACUCGUGGCUGAGGACAUCCUCGCCGCGUGCGACGAGGGCCUCGGCGCCGCGGCAGACGACACGCCGACGACGUCGUCUCAGAACCUCAUCAUGGCGGUCCGGCGUCGCAACGUCGCCGCGAUACGCACCGUCGCCCAGCGCAACCUGCAGCAGGGCAUCGGCAUGGCGCAGACGCCCGUACUGGUCAACCAGGAGGUGUCGAAGGACAAGUCGUACCCGCUGCAGAUACAGGGCCUGCGCACGAACCCGAGAGACCCAGACGCUCACGUGCUGUUCUUCGACAUAGAGAGGAAGAGGAGGAGCUACCGGGAGGCGGCGCGCCAGCAGCAGCAGCAGCAGGGCGGGGACGAGGCAGAGGAGAACGUCUUCCUCGUGCAUCAGGCUCAGAUCAAGCAGGGAUGGAGUCUGCUGGCUGCGCUGCACUGCGUGCUGCUGCCAGAACUCGUCGGGCUGAAACACUACAAGGUUCCAUUGCUUCACAUGCUCGCCCGCAGGUGGCAGGACCGCUGCCUCGAGGUGAGGGAGGCCGCGCAGGCCCUCCUGCUCGCGGAGCUGAGGAGGAUCGGUCCGGAGGGGAGGAAGAUGCUGGUGGAGGACUGGGCGCCCUACCUGCCGACCUACGUCGACCCUCGCGUCAGCCUCAUCCAGGAAGGCGGCCAGGCGGCGACGGACGAUGACUCGUACGAUUCACAGGAUCAGAAUAACCUCGGAGGCGUGUCACCCAAGUUUAACUCACGCCAGAAGCAGGCAACGGCGAUCGUCAUGCUGGGCGUGAUAGGGGCUGAGUUUGGACAGGAGAUAGAGGCAAACAAGAACAAGCCGUUGGAGCAUCAGAUGAGGCGGAAAGCUGUCGAAGGCUUCAGUCAGGGCAACUACAGUCUCGCAAGACACACAAGCAAAGCGUUGACGUUCCUGCUGCUGAGUCCACCGAUCAACCGUCUGCCCGCUCACACGCCGAUCCGACGCGGCGCCAUCGACCUGAUCGGCCGCGGGUUCACCGUGUGGGAGCCGCACCUAGACGAGUCGGCCGUGCUGCUGGGCCUGCUGGAGCUGUGCUGCGACGCUGACAAACUACUGCGCGGCAUCUCGCUGGGACUGCCGCUGUCGCCGGCUGCCGACUCCUGCCGCACGGCGCGUCACUCUCUCUCGCUGAUCGCGACCGCACGACCCGCGGCGUUCAUCACGACGAUGGCGAAGGAGGUCGCUCGUUACGUCGCCAUGGCGGCGAGCGCGCCCGCGCAGAACGCCAACCUCGGCUCGCACGUGCUCGUCAAGUCGAAGCCGGAGAUUCUGCGCGUCGUAGAGCUUUUGAUCGACAAGCUGCAGAUGGACGUGAUCGACCUUCUCAUCGAAGUUGUUGACAUCGUCAUUCACUGCCUCGAUAUCUCGCAAGUCCGAGCAAAGGGCCUCGGCGAGGUGUUCCCGUCAAUCACCAGAGACACAAAACAGAGAAAAGAGCACAUAGCGGCUCACGGCGGACCAAUCACGGCAGUCUCGUUUUCGCCGGAUGGGAAAUACGUCUGCUCUUAUUCGCUGGAGGAAUCCAAGCUCUGCUUCUGGCAGGCGGCGACGUCGCUGUUCGGCAUGGGCAGCUCUCAGGUGAAGUGCGUGCGCUCGUACAACACCGUGCCCAUCUCCCCGCACGUGUCCACCAACCCGCUGCGUCUCGUCAAGCUCGUCUGGGUCAGCAGCAAGACCGUCAUUGUGCUGGUGGCCGACGGCACCGAGUACAAAUACAACAUCUAGCGGCGAGGGGAGGGAGCAGCGGAAUCGAGUACAAGUACAACAUCUAGCCGCGAGGGGAGGGAGCAGCGGAAUCGAGUACAAGUACAACAUCUAGCCGCGAGGGGAGGGAGCAGCGGAAUCGAGUACAAGUACAACAUCUAGCCGCGAGGGGAGGGAGCAGCGGAAUUGAGUACAAAUACAACAUCUAGCGGCGAGGGGAGGGAGCAGCGGGAUCGAGUACAAAUACAACAUCUAGCGGCGAAAGAGCGGAAUGAGGAGGCGGUUGUCGACCGGGACUUUUGCAUGCUGCGAGGAUUUCGUCUGCUGACGCGUCUUCAAAUGGAACUGUCGUGUUCGUAGUUACGUCUGCCGACGUGUAUUUGUGUAGAAUCGUCGCACGUGACCAAGUACGUCUGCUAUUUACACAUUCUCCUGCGUUAGAUUGUGCGAGACGGUAGUUUCGUCUGCCAACGUGUCUGUGCAUAGAAUCGUCACAAUGUGACGAGUUUCGUCUGCUAAUCGCGUGCUUUCGUGUGGAAUUGUCACGUGUCAGGACAGUAUUGACUUCUAGUGUAGCGUCACGCAGCUGUGUUAUGUGAUGACAUUGUCUUCUUCUAGCAUUGUCUUCGUGUGGAUAUAUAUAUGGUAUUUCAGGACAAUGUUGUCAGCAAUCAUGUCUUUAUGAGUUACAAGUUUAUAGUUCAAACCAGACAGUUAUGCUAUACUUAGCUAUGCUUUAUUCUUGCUUUCUUCGACUAUCCAAACCUUCCAAAAAUUUGAAACAAUUCUAAGUAUUGAUUGCAUGUUAUCUAUGAAACUGUUUAAACAAAGCAUCGGACAACCUUUCUACAGGUAUUCCUCCUUUGGCUCUGCAUUUACUUGUUUAUCAUUGCUGGUGAUCAUGCAAUUAGUAUGUAACAUGCAACUAGUGUAGUGGUAUCGUGACACGUAUCUGUGUCAAUGACAAUUUUCCUAUGAAGAUGGUAAAGGGAACAGUGCUAGACUGCUAGUGUGACGUUAUAGCGAAAACUCAAGAGGAAUCGAUGCGGGGCAUAUAUAGCCAAUAUGCCUAUCUCAAUAUAACGUAUGGCAAGCUGUGGAUGUAAUUAUGUUUAUUUGCUUAAAGUUAUGUGAUAAUAUAUAUAUCAUAAUCAGGGGUUAAUAAUGACGAAUUGACCAAAUUUGUCUUUAUUAACCCCGAUAUAUAUGCAUAUAUAUAUAUAUAUCAGGUGUGUACGGUCAAUCACCAUACAGUUAUUUGCAAGGUAAUGUGAUUUGUCUAUAGAAUUGAGACUGUGGAGUAGUUACUGCUUUCUGUGAGAGUUGUUGGAACUAAUAUAGGAAAAGCAUGCCAGAGAAUGUAAAUUAUUAAUAAUAAAUGACAUGAGAUGGCUUCGUUAAUAGUAUACCACCGAUUCAUGUGGUGUACAGCAAUACGGGAAAGAAUAAUUUAGCGUAAUAAGUGGGAUUCCAUCCCAGAUAUAGUUCUGUAGCUGGAACAUAUUUCACUGGUGUGUGUGACUGUGUGUUGACAGUCAAGUGAUAGUAAAUAAAUUCGGCAAUAUACAGAAUAGUUGUAACUUAGAGGGAUGUAAAUUUUAAUGCGGCGUGUUAGCCUUGUAAGAAUGUUGAGUUGCAAAGUCAAGCUAGUCUCGAUGUUCUGCAUAUAUUUGGAAGUUUAUGUAAAAUAAUUAUUUCUGUAAGUUUAAAUUACAGUCCUUGACAAAUAGUAUUCGCAUGCUGCAUGCAUGGGAUGUAAUGUGUUUCUCAUGUAGACCGAGGGUAAAUGAAUUGUACUGUCGAUAUUAAUUAUGCUGUUUGCUGACAAAAAAUCGAAUGAUAGCGAAAAAAAA